CCCUUACCUACACGUGAUUGCACGCAUGCACAAAGACCCAUUCAGCUGUUGACUGAGGACCUUUCCAUGCAUGCUUUCUUAAAGGAGACUGGUGCGCUGAAGAAGACUGAUAUUUGACCCAUUCUCUCCAGCUGACUGCGAACCAUCGCUUCCCCCUUGCACCUCCCUACCCCUCCUUUUUUCCCUCUCCGCCUCUGUCUCGCUCUUUCUCUCUCUCUCUGAGAUCUCUCAGAGCCAGGCUCUUUGUGAAACACAGCGCACACCUUCAUACACACACGCUGGCUGAGUGCAGCGGUCUGCGUCUGGAUCAGUGGGACUGCACGCGGUGGGCAGGCAUGGAACGCUUUCUUGGCUUUGUCAAGCAAAUCCGGCGGUCCAGGAGACGCAAAGGCAAAAAGUACCGCCCUGAAGAGGAUUACCAUGAGGGUUACGAGGACGUGUAUUACUAUGCUUCUGAGCACCUGCACCAUGAGGGGCCCUACACUAAACACUCCAAUCCCUCCAGGCCACCAGAUGGCGCUCUGGCCAUUAGGAGACAGAGUAUUCCAGAUGAGUUUAAGGGCACGAGCACUGUGGAGCUGAUCAAGAAGGAAGGCACCACUCUGGGCCUGACUGUAUCUGGAGGCAUCGAUAAAGACGGCAAACCCCGCGUCUCCAACCUGCGGCAGGGCGGCAUCGCUGCUAGGAGUGACCAGCUGAACGUAGGGGACUACAUAAAGUCUGUGAACGGGAUCAACUUGACUAAGUUUCGUCACGAUGAGAUCAUCAGUCUACUGAAGAAUGUGGGGGAAAGGGUUGUGCUGGAGGUCGAGUAUGAGCUGCCGCCUGUCUCUGUACAGGGCUCAGGGGUCAUGUUCAAAAACGUGGAGGUGACGCUGCACAAAGAAGGCAAUACAUUCGGUUUCGUCAUCAGAGGAGGCGCCCAUGAAGACAGAAACAAAUCUCGCCCAGUUACCAUAACAACCAUCAGACCCGGCGGUCCAGCUGACAGGGAAGGGACCAUCAAACCAGGCGACAGGCUGCUCAGUAUUGACGGAAUUCGUCUGCAUGGAGCGUCUCACGCAGAGGCCAUGAGCAUCCUCAAGCAGUGCGGCCAAGAAGCCACUCUUCUCAUAGAGUACGAUGUGUCAGUCAUGGAUUCUGUAGCCACUGCUUCAGGCCCGCUGCUGGUGGAGGUGGCCAAGUCAAUGGGCUCCAGCUUAGGUCUGGCUCUCUCUACCUCCAUGUACUGCAAUAAGCAGGUCAUCAUCAUCGACAAGGUCAAACCAGCCAGCAUCGCUGAUAGGUGUGGUGCUCUGCAUGCAGGUGAUCACAUCCUAUCGGUGGACGGCACAAGUAUGGAGUAUUGCACACUGGCCGAGGCCACCCAGCUGCUAGCUAGCGCUUCAGAACAUGUCAAAAUGGAGAUUUUGCCGCACCACCAAACACGACUGGCUCUCAAGGGCCCUGAACAUGUCAAGGUGCAAAGGAGUACCCGGCCAUUGCCCUGGGAAUCCGGAACCAACAACAACAGCAACUUCCUUCCCUAUCAACACUAUAACACCUACCACCCCGACCAGUCCCACAGCCAGGCCAAGAAAACCUCUCCAAGCAACCCCCCUCUGGGUUCAUCGUUCUCUCCCACUUCCAUGAGUGCCUACAGUCUGAGCUCACUCAACAUGAACACGCUGCCACGCACCAUGUAUCCCACAAGUCCCCGCGGCACCAUGAUGAGACGCAAACUGAAGAAGAAAGACUACAAGAGCUCAAUGUCUCUGGCUUCCAGCACUGUUGGACUGGCCGGGCAGGUGGUCCACACCGAAACAACAGAGGUGACCCUCAUCAGCGACUCCAUCAUGGGCUUUGGGAUCCAGCUCCAGGGAGGAGUCUUUGCCACAGAAACCCUGUCCUCUCCGCCACUCAUCGCCUACAUAGACCCAGACAGCCCGGCAGAGCGGUGCGGUAUCCUGCAGAUCGGCGAUCGCAUCCUGUCAAUAAACGGCAUCCCGACCGAGGACAGCACACUGGAGGAGACCAAUCAGCUGCUGAGAGACUCCAGCAUCACCAGCAAAGUCACUCUGGAGAUUGAGUUUGACGUAGCAGAAUCUGUCAUCCCAAGCAGUGGGACGUUCCAUGUGAAGCUACCAAAGAAGCCAGGUGUGGAGCUGGGCAUCACCAUCAGCUCUCCUUCCAGUAGGAAGCCCGGAGAUGCACUCAUCAUCUCUGACAUAAAGAAAGGCAGCGUGGCACACAGGACGGGCACGCUAGAGCUGGGGGAUAAGCUUCUGGCAAUCGACAAUAUCCGUCUGGACAACUGCUCCAUGGAGGACGCCGUUCAGAUCCUGCAGCAGUGUGAAGACCUGGUUAAACUAAAGAUCCGCAAGGACGAGGACAACUCAGGUGUCCUGCGUGCUGGCAGUGUUGAUAGGAACGCCCGUGUGCUGUUGGCCUGUGUUGCAGACGAGCAGGAGACCUCCGGCGCCAUCAUUUACACUGUGGAGCUGAAGCGCUACGGCGGCCCACUGGGCAUCACCAUCUCGGGCACUGAGGAGCCCUUCGACCCCAUCAUCAUCUCCAGCCUCACUAAAGGAGGCCUGGCCGAGAGGACCGGUGCCAUUCACAUUGGUGAUCGCAUCCUGGCCAUUAACAGCAACAGUCUGAAGGGCAAACCUCUGAGUGAAGCCAUUCACCUGCUGCAGAUGGCAGGAGAGUCCGUCACGCUCAAGAUCAAGAAACAGGGAGAACUGCCAAGCCCAAAGCCGCCGUCAGUAACGGGACGUCUGAACAACCUGAGCGAUCUGGAGGAUGACGGUCAGAAGGCUGGAAAACUGUCUGACAUCUAUUCAACCACCAUCCCCAGUGUGGACAGCGCAGUGGAAUCAUGGGACGGCUCUGCCAUUGACGCCACCUUCAGCACCCAGGCUCCCACAGGUUUCCAGGCAUCAGGCUACAGUUUCCACAGCCACGAGUGGAGGAAUGCCAAGCCCAGCCGGGGCAGCCUGUCACCGGUCAACAGCAGCCGGCAAAGGAACAACAUCCUGCCAGACUUCGGCAUUGGUGUGGAUGACUGGGACAGGCCGAGCGCCAGCGGGGCAUCCACGCUGCCCACCGGUUUAAUCUCAGACAGCAGGUUCACUGUGGGACACGAUGGGACGGAACCAGACCAGGAGGAGAACUUUUGGUCACAAGCGCUGGAAGACCUGGAGACGUGUGGUCAAUCGGGAAUCCUGCGAGAGCUUGAGGACAAGCCAGACAGGCUUCUGAAUAAGAGAAACCUGGCCAUCUUGGCCACCAUUAUGUCGGGCAGCUCUUUAAGUCUAAACCACGACCCUGCGCCCACCCGAAGCCAUCUGGGCCGUCAGGCCAGCUUUCAGGAACGUGGCAGUAACAAACCACAGUACUCACAGGCCAACCGCAGCAACACGCUGCCCACUGAUGUCGGCAGAAAAGCUUUCGCCAUGAGGAGAAUGAAGCAGGAGAUCAAAGACAUCAUGUCACCAACCCCGGUAGAGCUUCAUAAGGUGAGUCUUUUGAAAGACUCGGAUCUUGAGGACUUUGGGUUUAGCGUGUCCGAUGGAGUCUUGGAGAAGGGGGUUUAUGUUAACAAUAUCCGUCCAGGAGGCCCUGCUGAAAUUGGAGGCCUAAAGCCAUACGACAGGCUGCUACAGAUUAACCAUGUACGUACUAGAGACUUUGACUGCUGCUUAGUGGUUCCCCUAAUAGCGGAGUCUGGAAACAAGCUGGAUCUAGUCAUAAGCCGAAACCCAGUUUCUUCACAGCCCUCAGAACUGAACCCGUUGUCCAAUGAUGAGACAGUGAACUGGACUGACACUGGAGACCCUCUCGAGCAGCCGGUCGCAGGGCUGGAGCAGGGCCAGCACAACUCCACAUUAGCAGGACUAGAAGACAGAGACCCCACCAAGACUUUAUAGCAGAACUCCUCCCUGGUGCCUGCAGUGGAGCAUUUCUCCUCAUGGUGCUAAACUGAACCCUCCCCUCCCAUAACGGCUCUCUCUAGUGGAGGAAAACACAAGGGCCUUGUCCUAUAGCACACCCAGUCCCUUUCCUACAGUAAGUCAGAGCAUGAACCACCACGACAGAGGUCCUUUCUUGAGACGCUGGGUGUGUUUUUACCCUGUGAAAAAGCAGCGAAGACCACACUGACCUCUUGGAAAACCAAAUUGUGGGGGGAGGGAAACCUGAAACAGUGCCAUCCCUGAUUUUUAUUGCCAAUAAACACUAGUUUUAAGGAGGAUUAAAAGAAGAUGCAUAAAAGCAACACAUGAGACUUCUACUUACAAUAUCGGACUGGCCACUCUGUGAUCGUCCGUGUUUUGAGUUUGAAUGAGUGUGCGUGAGUGUCCGAAGACUUUAUUUCGUAAACCUCCACAGUCUGUCAAAGUCCCACGUCCCAAACGCAACCGUCGACCCUCCUAUUUUGUGAUACUGAAACACAAGUGUGUAUCGUGUAUGUCUGUGUAUUUCCUUCUAUCUGAUGCCAAGGUCAGAGCUGGUCCCUUUUUUCUUGAUAUGAGAAGAGAUGCAGCCGCGUGGGGGGAAAAAAUGAUCAGCACAAUGAAUUUGGUAGCCAUUUUUCAAUUGUGACUGAACGUGGGUUAUAGCCUAAUGCAUGAGACCUUUUAAUGCGAAUAUUUUGUAGUAAUUCUGUCCAAAAAAAAAAAAGAGCUUGGCUACACGGAAAACACCACAUAUUGGUUCUCUGCCUGCUAUAUCACCGCAAAUAUGAAUUCCAAUGUCACUCAUAAGGAGAGGGUGGCACAAAGGCACCUUAUCUUGAAAUUGGACAGAUGUCUAUUUUUAUGAACAGAGGUGGAUGAUUUAUAAGGGAUGUGUGUGAUUUUGAGCGAUGGCUGGUUAGCAUGAGGUCGCUAUCGACCAUAUACUGAAGCAGAUUGAUGGCACAGAGAAGGUCAUUCGGGUUUGGAAACUCUUUGUACUUUGUUAGCUAAUCGCCGUAGGUCUGUGGUCUCCAGACUCUCGCCCCAAUUUUUGAGGAAAUCCAUCAUUGGCCCAAAGGACAGAACAGCUUAUUUAUUCCAACAUCAAUCUCCUAAAUGAAAACGACAGGCAUUCAAGUAGGUACUUGCAUACUGUUUACUCCACUGUCUGUGAUAAAUGAGAAUAUUACGAUGAACAAAUUCAUCUCAUAUGCUUAAAUUUGCAGUGCCCACUUAUGACAAAAACACAAGCAUGGGGUUGAUAUCCAUGAGAGAAAAAAAAAAAGACUUUUGUAUUCUUCCCUCCAUUGUUUAAGUAGUUUUAAAUCAUUAUGGUAAUUUGUAUAUGGUACUGUUAUGGUUUUCUAUGUUUCAUCUGACAUUUUUUCAGACUAUGUAAGCCCAAAGGGUACGCAUUUGUAAAGAGAAAAAAAAGAAGUGUCAAAUCAUGAGAGAGUGGAUUCAUUCUACCAUAUGCGGUAGACCACAUCACAUUUGUAGCUCUACUUGGAGAAAAAAAAUAAGACUAGCAAAGAAAAUAUGCCAUACGAAAGCUGCUAAUGGCAAUGAAGACCCUCACCCACUCGUGUGAAACUGUGCUUUUGAUUGAGUGACGUCACCCUCGUUGUCAGUGCUCAAAGAUCCUGUCUACUCACCAUUUUCCAUUGGCACGUUGAGGUUCUACUACUGAACUCAACAAAAGCCCACUUGAUGGAGAAAGUCUGGCGAUGAUGACAAGGUGUCUUUUGUUGUCUUUUUAUUUUAUAUAAGCCUUCAGGUACGGGUUCAUUCCCCAAACUCAUGCACUGAGAUGUGUUUCUCAACUGCGUAAUUGCUAUGUGUUGAAUUGCGGUUUCCAAGCCGUUAUUCGAGAGUUAGCUGUCACUUUCAUUACAACGCUUUCCUUGACCUAAGUUUGUCACGACACUUCACUGUGUUACUGCAAAUACACUCCGGUCAAGUGGAGAGGAAAAAAAGCAAACUCAUUUUUAUGUUCCAUUUGUGGAAACGUUUAGUGAAGUCAAGCACUGCCAGUUAAAAUAGUGGGUGUCCAUUUUCAGUAUACGAUGACUUUAUGAUUCAAUGUCACAGUUAUGUCCCUGAAAUAUUGUAUUUUUAUUUCUAAUGGACAGGUAUUAUGAGCUGUAAAGUAUUUUUGUACAAAAUUUAAUACUUUGUUAGCAUGAUGUUUAUCGUCUAUGUAUAAAUUUGGGGAUUCCUACAGCUGUAAUCCUUUGUAUGGCCGACGAACAGAGAAACAAUAAAACGACAUACCGAGUGGAGAGAUGACACUGAAA